AUCGAGACAAUUUGGUGCCAUGACUGGUAAGAUUUUGGUGGUCUUUUCAGGGCAUUCGAAACUAGUCCAACCAGCCCCACUGUGCACGGCUGCCAGCGUCGGCGUCAACGUUCACCUGGCCGCACCGCGUUUCAUUUAUUUAUUCGCGGUUGUAUUUUUGAUUUCGUGUUCAAUUUGGUUCUAAGUCUCGGCGCGUGUGCAUCGGCGCAACUAUCGUCAUGGUGCUGUUGAAAGUGAUCAAAUAUCUAGCGGGCUGCGUGGUUCGUGUCUGUAAUGAGCUGUCCCAGAAUAUGAAUUCAUUGAACAAGAUGUUUAAAUAUCACUUGCUUCAGGCGAAUUAGCAAGGUUCAAUUGAAUAUUAUAUAUUAUUUAAGUACAUCUACCUGUUUAGCACAAAUAUUCAGUUAUUCAUAAAUUGUUUCUUUUUUGUGCUUCAAUAAAUCUUGGCUCGCACACAAGCGAAUUUCUUUUUUAACACGCCAAUCUGUGCUAAAAUUGAAACAGCGUUUAAAACCAAAUAAAAGUGAGAACAUAUAGCCGAGAAUGGCAAACACAUGUGUA